AUGCCCGCCGCCACCCGUGCCGUCCUGCGGCAAUCGCAGUUCCUCACCCGGAGGACCGUCGUCAGACACGCCUCGUCCACCUCCGAGGCUGGUGAGGCUGCUUCCUCAGCUGCCUCCAAGGCCUCUGAGGGUCUGUCUAAGGUCUCUGCCUCCGCUGGUCCUGCCAUCUCCAACGCCGCUGGCGCCCUGCGCAAGAUCGGUGGACCCGCCGGCAAGGUCAUCUCUUUCGUCGAUUCGAUUAUCCCUCCUACCCUCUACUACUCCAAGGUCGGAAUUGAGCUCGGCAGACUAGUGUUCCGUGGCCAGAACAUGGCUCCCCCCAACCUGGCCACCUUCCAGUCCUACUUCCAGCCCUUCAUUACCAACCCUGCCGCCCUUAAGACCCUGCCCUCCCCAUCGGCUAUCCUCGCCUCUAUCCGCAACGCCAGCCCCAAGCAGUUGGCCCUCGCCGGUGUCACUGCUGCUGAGGUCAUUGGCUUCUUCACUGUUGGCGAGAUGAUCGGUCGGAUGAACAUUGUUGGUUACCGUGGCGAGCCUGCGCACGCGCACUAA